AUGACCAUGUUCUUACCUCGUCAGUCGCUCGAGCUCGACUACACAGAACAGACUGGCCUGGAGAUCGUACAUGUCGGCCUUACGGGUACUAUUGGGGCUGCUUUGAUCGCCCACAUCAUCUCGCUUUUUUUGAACGCCUUCACGUGGAUACAGACGGUCAUUUACUUUCAGAAGAACUAUGCCGACUGGAUACUGUUCAAGGGCGUUGUCGUCGUGAUAUGCCUGCUGGGGAUCGCCCACGAGGCGCUUGUUACGCAAGGGUUGUACGUAUAUUUGGUGACGUUCCGUGGGAACUCUGCGGACGUGUUGCGCCCGCAAUGGGCAUUUGGCGCUCAAGUAUAUGUGACGGAGCUCAAUAAUGUCAUCAUUCGGAGCGUGUACGCAUAUCGAAUCUGGAGGUUAAGCAUAGGCAGACUGCAGCGUGCUGUAUCUCUCGUUAUAGUUGUGCUAUCGUGCUACGUGUUCGGAUCCAGCUGCAUUUUUGGAACCAUUGGAGUUCGCACAAUCGCAUGGUUAGACAAUCAGAACGCGACAUGGACUGUUUAUUCUAGCUAUGGCGUCGAGAUCGUCACUGACUGCCUAAUCGCGACGUCGAUGUGUUUUCUGCUUGUACGCUUGCGGACUGGACUCACCGGCUCAGACUCCAUCGUGCAGAAGUUCAUGGCGUACAGCAUUUAUACUGGCGUGCUCACGACAAUAUGCGUUGCAAUGACUCUUGCCACGUACAUAGCUGACCCGAGUUCCUUUGUAUACCUAUCCUUCUACUUCAUCUUUAGCAAACUAUACACCAUCUCGCUACUCGGCUCUCUAAAUGCACGGACACUUCUCAUAGGAGAUAGUCAACGUACAACACAGAUUCUAACGACCGCCGUGAUUCUUGAGGGUGGCUCGCAGCCAAGUCUGCUUAGCGCGGCAGAGGAAGUGGAGGUGGGGCGCUCGAGGAUGAGCAUAGAGGUCGGCGAGGAUGUGGAGGCUUGGAACCGGGAACAGAGUUGUUUGGCUCUGGAGUCGGUGAGCGUGCAGGCUUCGUCCCGUCGAGAAAACGACACUGAAUCUGUUACCGCGAGACAUGCUACGCAUCCUCAAGUGCACAUGUCGUCGAUCACGGAGGGCGGGAAGUCCUCGUUUAUCAGUACAUAG